CACGAAGAGAUAUCAUGAAAUAGCGCUAUUGUUCAUUUAAUAAAUUAGAUUUAGUCACGAUAUACGCGAAGUUGGUUCUACCGUUUCUGAACGAAUUCAAAACCGUAACAUUCUGCAAAACACACUGUCAAAAUAAAGAAAAAUGAUUGAAGAAACGCGAAAAAAAUCUUUUUUAGGUUUUGAUUUUAGUACUCAAAGGUUGAAAGCGAUCGUAAUUGGUGAAGACUAUGUUGUACAUCAUGAGGCAGAUGUUGAGUUUGAUGUUGAUCUUCCGGAGUUCAGAACUGCCGGAGGUGUUGUUCGGGGAGAGAGGGGUGAGGUGACAGCUCCCACGCUGCUUUGGGUGAAAGCAUUGGAUAUGGUAAUGGACCGCCUAGUUGUUGCUGGCGUUGACUUUUCAACAAUAGAAGCAUUAUCUGGUGCCGCACAACAACAUGGUUCCGUAUGGUGGGCGAAAGGUUCUGAAGCGAAAUUAGCGGCUUUAUCGGGAGAUCAGUUUUUGCAUACCCAAUUAGCAUCAUGUUUUGUAGCAGAUUCUCCAGUUUGGAUGGAUUUCAGUACCACUACAGACUGUCGCGCACUGGAGGAAGCUCUUGGUGGACCUGAGGAAUUGGCUAAAAUCACAGGAUCUAGGGCAUACGAACGUUUCACCGGUGUCCAAAUACGGAAGAUGUACCGCACUAGGCCCCGAGUUUACCACGCGACUGAGCGGAUCUCUCUCGUGUCUUCCUUCGCUUGCUCGCUGUUCGUAGGGAGGAUAGCACCGAUAGACUUAUCUGAUGGAUCUGGAAUGAAUCUCCUUGACAUUCAUAGUAAGAAGUGGUGCGAGCAAGCUUUAAAGGCAUGCGGAGAUGAGACUUUAGUUGGUAAGUUAGGUGACCCAGUACCGACUGCCUCAGUUGUCGGUAUGAUAUCACCAUACUAUGUGCAGCGGUAUGGCUUCAAAUCUGACUGCAAAGUAGUUGCCUUCACUGGAGAUAACUGUUCAGCACUAGCAGGAUUGCGUCUCGAAUCGGGCUGGGUAGGACUCAGUCUAGGGACCAGCGAUACAGUGCUUCUAAGUUUGGAAUCUCCUGCAGCCCCGCUGGAAGGGCACGUGCUCGUCGGCCCAACGAGUGCUCCCUACAUGGCACUGCUCUGCUUUGCCAAUGGGUCCCUCACCCGCCAGAACCACAGGGACAGACUCGUGGGCCCCAGUUGGCAAGCAUUUAAUGAUCUACUUCAAGCUACAGUUCGAGGAAACAUGGGUUAUAUGGGCAUCUACUUCGACACGGCGGAGAUAGUCCCGCGGCGCGCGGCGGGGCGCUGGCUGGCGGAGGGCGCGCGCGCGCUGUCGCGGGCGGCGCCGCAGUUCGAGGCGCGCGCGCUGCUGGAGACGCAGGCCGUGGCGCGCCGCGCGCACGCCGAGCGCACGGGGCUCGCGCUGGGCGCAAACGCCGCCCGCCCCGCCGCCCGCCCCGCCGCCCGCCCCGCCGCGCACCUCGUGGCCACGGGCGGCGCCUCCGUCAACGCCGCGCUGCUGCAGAUCUUCGCGGACGUCUUCAACAUGCCCGUCUACGUGCAGGAUCAGCACUCUAACGCCGCUCUGCUGGGGGCAGCGAUCCGAGCGGCGGACGUUUGGAGCGCAGAAGCCGGGGUUAAACUGACUGGGUCGGAAUUAACGGUGUCGCCGGUAGCGACUCCCUACGCCGACGCGGAGAGUAUUUACGCGCCGAUGAUCGACAGAUACUGGAAAAUGAUCGAGGACAUUCCGAAAUUGGCAUAACAAGCUAUCCACACAAUAAGAAUAACACAAUACAUUAUCGACCUCUUAAAAAAAACAUCACUAUUUUUAAGUCAAAUUUUUUAAUCAUUUAUUUUUUGCAGAUGGCAAUACUAGGCUACAUAAUUUAAACGCUUAAUCUUCAUAUUAUGAUAUAAUUCCUACACGCAUUCCACGCAAUUAAGGCACUAUAAAUGUUAACUUUUAACUAUAUACGUAAUCUCAGAAAAAAUAAGUAAAGGAACCGUAAGUGUUCAUUAUAUUAUUAUUAUUGUUACGUGGUUCGUCCCGUCCGCUCCUUGUUGUUGCGAACGAGUCGUUGAUUUAUAAUAAUAAUAAUAUUAAAUAUAAAUUCCAAUGGCAGAAGUAAUGAUUAUUAAACUACUUUGAUCUUAAAUUGAAAAAUUUUUUGGAAUUUGUUAAAAGAACUUUAAGAAGUGAUUAAGUGGAAUAGUUUUGUAUUAUAAACAAAUAUUAAUCAAGAACUGCUUGUAAUGCAAUAAUAUAGCAGAGCAAAUCGCAUGGAAUACGGAAAUCUAUGGUUUGUUUAUCUUUAUUGUCCCUGCUAUUGGAAUAUUGUAGUAAUAAAAAAUUUUUAUAGAGAAUUUUAUACUCAUUUAAAAAAAAGUCAUUUAUAUUUAUUUUAAGUAGAAUUGUAAUCAAUUCAAUGAUGCAUUGAACUAAACAUGUUGAAUAAUUUAUUUUUUAUAUACAUAUUUUUUUUUACUUUUAACUUUGCAAUAUUUUUUUAUUAUAGUUGUACAUUCCAUAUUGUUUUAUGCGAGUGUUAUUUUAUCAUUUUUCUUUUGUUAAUUUAAUUUAUAAACCGACUUUUAAGGUUGUUUGUUGCACUAUUAUAUUAAUUUAUAUUACAUUACAUUACAGUAAAAUUAAUGUUUACGUGAAGCUUUUGUUAAUGUAAGUAGGAUAAUAUUUACGUUAUGAACUAUACGACUUUUCUGAGUCGCGGUUAUGAAAUUAUGAACGAAUCUUAUAAAUUCUUUAAUAUAUAUAUAUGUAUGUACUUUCAAAUGAUACUAUAUAGAUUAUUGUGUGUCAGAGGCUAGUAAAAAUAUUUUAAAGCGUGU